AUAGAGGAGAGGAGAAUGGUGAAAGAGAAAAUGAUUCAAUGCAAAGAUGGACAAGAGAAAGAGACGCUGAACUCAACUUACACAGCACUGGACAAAGAAGUGAAGAAGAGUGCCAGGAAGGACAAAAGACAAUUCUACGACAACCUGGCUACUGAAGCUGAGAAGGCAGCAGGCAAAAGGGACCUGAGGACACUAUAUCAGAUAACCAAGUCUCUAUCCGGGAAGAGAUCAACACAAGUGAAACCUAUAAAAGACAGCCAAGGGAACCCAAUUACCAAAGAAGAAAGACAGAUUAAACAAUGGGCGGACCACUUCAAAGGACUCUUGAACCGACCACCACCUACAACCCGUCCAGAAAUACCAACAACAGCACGUACACAACUGCAAGUUGACACCAAUCCUCCAACGAAAACUGAAGUCAUGAAUGCAAUCAAGCUUCUGAAAGCUGGAAAAGCAGCUGGACCAGAUGGAAUACCCCCGGAAGCACUGAAAGCGGACCCAGAAACGACGGCAGAUAUGCUGACUCCAUUAUUGCAAAAGAUCUGGAAAGAGGGAAAGGUGCCUACUGACUGGAGGAAAGGUUACCUCGUGAAACUACCAAAGAAGGGCGACCUAGGACUCUGCAAGAACUGGCGAGGAAUCAUGCUCCUGUCGACGCCAAGUAAAAUCCUGAGUCGCAUCAUCCUGGAGAGAAUCAAGGACGCACUGGAUACAGAACUCCGACCAGAACAAGCUGGAUUCAGGAAAGGCAAAUCAUGUUCUGACCAAAUUGCAACUCUACGCAUUAUCAUCGAACAAAGCAUGGAAUGGCAAUCAAAUCUCUACCUCAACUUCAUAGACUUUGAGAAGGCCUUCGACAGCGCAGCGUUGACCGCGAAGUAAUUUGGAAACUACUCGAGUACUACGGCGUACCCCAAAUAUUCAUCAACCUUAUUCAACAGCUGUACGACAACGGCACAUGUCAAGUGAUCCACAACGGAAAACUCAGCGAAGCGUUUGGAGUAAACACAGGAGUCAGACAAGGGUGCUUAUUAUCACCAAUGAUAUUCCUAAUUGUGGUGGACUGGAUUAUGCGUCAGACAGUGGGAAACGAGAAGACAGGGAUAACCUGGACCGACGUGAAGAACCUAGAAGACCUGGAUUUCGCGCGUGGAUGAUUUAUGUUUGAUGUCACACAAAAUCGAAGACUUACAAGCGAAAACCGACAAACUGGUCGAAGAAGCAGCAAAGACAGGACUCCAGGUGAACAUAGACAAGACGGAGGUUAUGAAAAUAAACAACCAACAACAACAGCAGCAACAUCCAGCGCCAAUCACCAUCAACGGGAGGGAUUUGAAAGAGGUUACUUCUUUCACUUAUCUAGGGAGCAUUGUCUCAACUACAGGAGGAACGGACGAGGAUGUCAAAUCGAGAAUCGGGAAGGCGAGAAACACAUUCAUCAACCUGAAACCAAUCUGGAAAUCUUCGUCACUCAGCAUCAACAACAAAAUUCGGAUUUUCAAUACAAACGUCAAGUCAGUCAGUUCUUCUAUACGGAUCAGAAACUUGGCGGGUCACAAAGAAUAUUUCCAACAGCCUGUUGCAGACCUUUAUCAACAACUGUCUUCGUUCUAUACUGAAGAUCAGAUGGCCGGAAAGAAUCACCAACAAGAAACUAUGGGAACAAACAAAACAAGAACCAAUCGCCCAACAAAUAUGCAGGAGAAAGUGGAGAUGGAUUGGACACUCGCUGAGGAGGCCGCUGGGUGACAUCGCGCGUCAGGCCAGUGCUCGAGUGGAACCCGAAAGGGAAGCGGCGAGUGGGACGUCAGUGCAAGGGUGACAUGGAGGAGAUCGUGUGAAGAGGA